UUUCCGUCCAUAAUAAAAUAUUAAUAUCCGUCAAUAUUAUAUUUCCUAUGAAAUCUCUCUCUCUGUCUCUCAUCAACAUGUAGAAGGGGAAGGAUAUGUUCUGCUCAUCACGAAAAGUCAGCGUCUCUCUCUUCAUCAUCAACUUUCCUUCUUUUCCCUCCCCUUCUCAAUCUUUUCUCAGGAAAAUCACAAGUUAUCCCAAGAAAAUACUCACAAACACGACGCUAGAAUCAUAAUCUCCUCUUCGAUUCGUUAUGAUUAUAUUUUCUUGAUUUUUGAUAAGAUUCUUUCGUAUAGCUGUAUAUAGUAUACACCAAGACACACUCAUCAUCAUAUAUAGAUUAUGUGCAGCGUCUUUGAGCUUCUUGAGAUGGACAGUUUUCAAGGAGACUUAACCGACGUCGUACGAGGAAUUGGAGGCCACGUGUUGUCGCCGGAAAUCCCUCUUCCUCCGAGCAUCUGGCCACUUCCACCACCAUCGCCAUCAGAUCUUCACAUAAAUCCCUUUGGAGAUCCCUUUGUGAGCAUGACCGAUCCUCUUCUCCAUGAACUCAACGUCGUCACAAACUCCGGCUAUUUCCCCACCGCCGGAGAUAACAACAACAACAGCAGCAGCAGCAGCGGUUUCUUGGUUCCUAAGGUAUCGGAAGAUGAUCAUAUAAAGAGUCAAUGCAGCAUCUUCCCAAGAAUCCGGAUCUCGCAUAGUAACAUCAUCCACGAUUCUUCUCCGUGUAAUUCUCCGGCCAUGUCGGCUCACGUUAUCGCCGCCGCAGCCGCCGCCUCGCCGAGAGGGGUCAUCAACGUCGAUACAAACAGUCCUAGAAACUGUCUAUUGGUCGAUGGUAACACGUUCUCUUCUCAGAUUCAUAUAUCUUCCCCUCGGAAUCUAGGCCUCAAGAGAAGCCGGUCAAGUGGUGAAGUGGUUCCGUCUGAUCUAUGGGCUUGGCGUAAAUACGGUCAGAAACCCAUUAAAGGCUCUCCUUUUCCAAGGGGUUACUAUCGAUGCAGCAGCUCAAAAGGUUGUUCAGCAAGAAAGCAAGUCGAAAGAAGCCGAACCGAUCCAAACAUGUUGGUGAUUACAUAUACUUCCGAACAUAACCAUCCUUGGCCCAUUCAACGCAACGCUCUCGCCGGUUCCACACGAUCCUCCUCCUCCUCUUCUAACCCUAACUCCAAAUCCUCAACCGCAAACGCAGCACCUUCAUCCAAUGGCUCCCAAAACAACACUCACUUACCUUCCUCCGCCACUCCUCCUCCUCUCUCAGCCUCCGACGUGAAAGAUGAACAACGUGAAGAAGAUAUGGAGCUGGAAAAUGUAGAAGAAGAUGACGAUAAUCAAAUUGCUCCGUAUAGACCAGAGCUUCAUCAUCAGCACCAGCCAGAUGAUUUCUUCGCAGAUCUUGAAGAGCUAGAAGGAGAUUCUCUAAGCAUGUUGCUUUCUCAAAGCUGCGCCGGCGACCGGAACAGUAAAACGACGGCGUCUGACGGGAUCAGCGAUUUCUUCGGUUGGUCGGGGGAAAAUAAUAAUAACGACGACCGAGACUCAAGGUCGUUAUAGAUAGUGUUAAUUACAUAAUAAAACAUUAUUUAAAAUUAAGUUGAGCUUGCGAAAUGACGAUUAUAGCCUAGUGGUGGGUUAAUGAGCUGGUUACUUGACAAACCGUAAAGGGUAUUCUCGUCAUUUUAUAUACAUUUGUUUUUUUGUUUUCUGUAGUUAAAAUACGAAAGGCCGUUUUAUUUGUGGGUUUUUAUUUUGUGAAGAGUAUUACUAUUAGAUUAAUGUCAAGAGACAAAAGAUAGAGAUUUCGAAAGUAUCGUUUGUGUCUAUAUUCGAGUUGAAACACAGUAUUUUUUACUUAACAAUUCAUAC